AAUCCGGGACUUUCGGUUCAAGUGCUCGAUACGAUUGCCGACUUUGUUCAGAACUGUUCAGACUUGCUGGUCUGAAGAACGGCGCCAUGAACACCAACGAUCCUGACAUAGCAUGGCUUGAGAGCGAGCGGAACUCGUGGAACCUGGUGCUGUGCCUGUACCAGAACCGGUUGUACCCGCCCAAGGACAAAGAGGACGCCAUGGAGGUGGCGGUGAAGCACUCGAGCGAGAAGGAGAUAGUGUCCAGUCUGUAUGUCGUCGACAACAAUGUCAAAGAGAGUCAACUAGUAGUGGACUGGCUGGAGAAAAUAGCGGCCGACCAGCUGGAGAGCAGCGCAGCGCCUCGGUUGGGUCACUUCAUGGACAAAACGGUGGCCUGGGAGAACACGCUGCAUCAGUUGCAAAGCGAGCACAACAUUGCCUACUCCAGCAGUCGUCACAUUGUGGCCAGUCUAGAGCCAGAUGCACAACUCAGGCAGAAUCGGCCGCUGCAUGAUCUCGAUAUGGAAGACGAAGCACGUCUACUGCAACAGGUGUUCACUGAAAUCAGAUUUGUGACAAUUUCAAGAAGUUCUAUUGUAACUCCUUCUAACUAA